AUGCGGGAUCAUUUCCGUACCGUCAAGAAGAACAUCGACGCCAACAUCAUCCAUCACAGCGGCGGCGUGGCGGCACCUAGGGGAGGCAGUGGAAAGUUCCCCUACAGCAGCCCCCUCAUUCUCCCGAAGUGUGCUACGAUGCAGAACACCUCAGUUCGCCGCCUGUUUGACUGUUGGCUGUCCCGNUUCGUGGACAGGUGCAAGUGCGAGCGGUGUGUUGAAUACAACGGGACCGUGGAGGAGUCGGAGCAGCGCCCUACCAGUUUCAACGCGUGGGAUGUCGGAUGCCUGGAUCGCCUUCCUGACUACGUGUCGAAGGAUUUUCCUUUCAUUCUCACUCAUCGGUCGGGUAUCGACAUUCGUCUUGACCGGCUCGCAGACGACCUGGUCCAUGGGAAGGGCUUCUCCGCCGCUGCCAAGCACAUCCGCCAGGCACACACGACGAAGUUUAUGGUGUAUCAACUGAAGUACGUGUCACUGGCUGACGCCCGGCGAUCGAGCCGGGUGAGCUUGUUCGGAGCCGCCCCAGUACUAGAGAAGUUUGGGAGUUUCGAUGACACCGAGAAAACUUCCCUGUGCUGGAAGUGGAAGACGUGA